AUGAUAUCCAUUGCAUUGGAUAUCGCACUGGACUCUUUGAUAAGAUUUGCAACAUUUUUAUCCAGAGCACGUCUAUUCCACGAACACUACAUCACAGAAUGGCUAGGAGAUAUGGUAAUUAUCGAAUACGACAGUGAAUUAAAGACUUAUAGACUUCCCAAAAAACAUGCUUGCAUCAACUGGAAAGCUGGUCCUGAUAGCUUGGCCGUCUUUGUUCAAUACACUCGGUUCUUGGAUCAGUAUCGUCUUCCCCGACUACUGGAUAGUUUUGAGAAGGGAUGUAAACUGUCAACGUUGGCUGUGGACGCGGUCUUAUCUAUAUUAAACACUUUCCGAAUAGCACUUUCCGAAGAAGUGGAUGAAUACGAUGUUACUGUCAUUGACCCAAUGAUAGUGUUGAUGCAAGAUAUUAAUACUUCAACUGAUCUUGAAAAGAACGUCCUUCAUCCUUUGGGUCCUUCAUUGUAUACUAUUAGCACAAUGUAUUUCAUGGCGGUCUCUUUGGCACAUAACGGAAUGGAAUUGGGAACUUGUUGGAGCGGGAGGUUGGCAACUCUUAAACAGUUAAAAAAUGUUAAGUCUGAAAAUGUUUAA